AUGAGCGACACGACACCUACUGCAGCAGCGGGUGAGCCGAGAGUGAGAAGAGACAUGAUCUCGAAUGAUGUACCAAUGGAGCUACUCUUGCACAUCUUCAGCUAUGGCCUUACAAUAACCGAUCUGGUCAACCUUGCAUCUGCGCAGAAACGAUUUACCAACCUCAGACCCGCCACGGAAAGCAUACUGUUCUCCAGUAUUACUUUACGUCAGCCACCAAAUCAGCAACAACUCUACGGCACACGACUACAGAAAAUGCUUCGCUCCUUUGCCCGCAACAGCAGCGUGCGGAAAUGCGUGAAGCAUCUUUAUAUUCCGCACUUCGAGAAGAUUUCACCUGCAAGACGUGACAGGGAUGGUAAUAUGGCCAUUCUUGCUGCGAAAGCAUUCUGCGGCGUGAGAGACUGGCCGCGCGCACUGCAGGACCACUUCAGAGCAGCUCAAAACUUCCUAGGCCAAGAUCGAGAGGUAGAGCUCGUGCUUCUCUUGGGCCUUAUGCCGGAGUUACGCUCUCUGCGACUGGGCAUGGUCUCCUUCACCCCUCGAACCGACAACUUCGACUGGACUGUCUCCAUCUUAGGCAGAAUACUCGAUCAGACAACGAUGCCCACGGUAGCCGAUGAAAAGCUGUUCCUCGGUAACCUCACCCACGUCCAUCUCGACUUGGCGCAAGAGAUGCUGGACAAUGACGAUCAUCUCUUUCUUUUCGACCUCCACAUCGCGCCAUUGUUCUUGCGACUGCCUACAAUGAGGUCUUUUAAGGCUACUGGCGGCCGCCUCAAGCAUCUGAUCCGAGACUGGAAAUGUGCAGAUAGGGCCAGCAAAGUAACGAGUCUCACUUUGGUCGACUGCGAUCUUGGCACCGAUGCUCUGAUCAACUUCAUUCGGGCAUGCUCGGCUCUGAAGUCCUUCUUGUGUCUACGCAGUCGUAUACAUCAAGAAGAGCCUCCAGUGGGUGUAGUAUGGCCACUGAUCGUCGGCGAAUUGGAGAGUCACAAGAGCACAUUGCAUCACCUUGCCAUCACGUCAUACUCAAAGAUCGAUGUCGACUCCGUCCCCAACGCUACAGGACCCACUGAUCUCGCCAUCACUUCUCUCAGACGGCUCGACAACUUGCACUAUCUUGACCUGGAUGAUGAAGCCAUCUUUGGUAUCUCAGCAGCCGAUGCUUGGCGCGUGAGGCCAUCGGUUCGUCAUGAUGCAAUCUACCUACUCUCGCUUCUUCCCCCAAAGCUCCAACACUUGGUCAUUCGUGAGGGCAGACAGUACGACCCUUUGCCAAAUCGCACAUCGCUUUGGAGCAAUGACUGCUACGAGUUCGGACGCGUGCUUUUAGAACACAACACUCUUCGCAGGCUGGAUGCCAUCGGCUUCGAGAGUGUGGACCGACUCAAAGAACCAAUGGUCCGACACUUUCCGGAUCUCUCUAUUAAGCGGAAUACUUGGCUGAAGGCGUAUCGGCCAUCGGGACAGUCGAUUCGCAUGACCAAGAGGGGCGUGGAUGGAAGCCCGGUGAUGGAGCCGCCGUGGCUCAAGAGGGGUGUUGGCAUCUGGGUGCGCAAAGAGGAUGACAGUGAGUCAGAUGACGACGAUGAGGAGGAGGAGGAGGAGGAGGAGGAGAUGAUGGAAGAGUGA